UUGACCGGCCUGCCACUCCUUUUAUUUUUUUUAUUCAAAAAAAAAUCUUGACGGCGAUUUUUAUUGGAUUCUUCUCGUUCUCAUCUCUCCGUCUCUCUGUUCAAUUGUUAUAUACUCUAUUCGACUUCUGGUUAUCCCCCUUGACGACGAACGAUUACCCGUACUCUCUUUUACCUACCCACCAACCACCACCACCACCAUGUCUCUCCACUUCAGCGACUCGUUUUCUCCAAUCGAUUUCUCUGCCCGUUCGGUUUUCAAACGGUGCGUCUCGUGCUCGUCCUCCGCGCCCGCAUGCCCGACCUGUGCCGAUGGAUACACCUGUACGAUGACCAGCGAGUCGUGUACCGCCUGUGCCACCACCUCCUGCGUCAAGGACCCGACCACCACCACUGCCGCCAGCACACCAGCAAAAUCGACGGGGGGCGGGACGAACGCCGGCGCCAUCGCCGGCGGCGUCAUCGGCGGUCUUGCCCUGGUCGCCAUCGUGACCUUCCUCGUCUGGUGGUUCGUCAUCCGCAAGAAGCGCCAGCAAGAGGAAACCAUCGCCCGAGAGGAUACCAGCAUGCGCUCCGUCCACGAGAAAGUUGACUGCCAGAGCAAUCUGUCCAACGCCCAACAGGCGCGCAAGUCCACCAACUCCAUCGCGUCCACCGUCCUCACCCGCGCCUCCAACGUCAUCCAGAUCGCAUACAUCCCCGGCGUCACCAACCGCUCCCCAUCCGACACCCCCGACCACCUGGUGCCCCCCGUGCCUCCGCUGCCCGGCGCCGCCCCGGAUCAACACUUCUUCAUGCCCGGCGAUCUCCGCGACUCCGCCUGGUCCGGUCUGUCGGGCCACCAGAGCAUCUCGCCCAGUCUGCGCAGCAGCGUCGCCACCACCAUCUAUCGGAACAACGCCAUCGUCAGCCCCAUGCCCGCCCAGCAGAUCAUGCGCUCCCGCGCCGCCGUCGUGAGCAUCCACAACACCAGCGCCGACGACGACGACGACGCCGCCGCCACCUCGCUCUCGGGCGUCCCCGCCGUCCCCGCCAUCAGCCCGACCCAGAUCGCCCACGCCCAGGCCAUCUCCAGCCCUUCCAUGAACAAUAGCUCCAUCGUUGCCCGCACCGUCACCGCCAAACCCGUCACCGUCACGCGCUCGGGCAAGCCCAAACCCAGCGCCCCGACCGCCGGUGCCACCCCGGUCCUCACCAUCACCGAGGAGCAGCCCGAGUCCAGACCAACCACCGCUGAUGGAGCAACCUCUUCUCCUUCUUCUUCUUCUUCUUCUUCUUCCCCCACGCACAACCAGACCGACACUGCAACAACAGUCACGGUCACAAUCUCCCAUGAUAAUGCCAAUGCCGAGCAGAGCCCCUUCAAAGAUCAACCCGAGGAACAGGAGGAGGCUGUCUCCGCCAAAGAGCGCCACCGCCGGACCAUGAGCUCGACGGGACUUGUGGCAGACCUCCCUAUCCGCGGGGAAAGUCCGUUUUCCGACGCGAACGAGGUGAAAUAGGGCUCUUCUCUUUUUUUUUUUUUUUUUUUUCCUCUUGCCGCGAUGGUUUCUGUGAAUUCUUAUAUUAUAGAAUGAGAUCAUCUUCCCGGCCUUCCCACCGUGGAUUUGCUGAUGUGCAGCACUGUCUGCCUGUAUUUACGAAUUCUUAGACUACCAACCACUAGUUCUCUUACCCUUACUGUGUUCUAUAGUAGUUACUACAUGUACUUCUAUUGUAUACCUAGCCUAUGAUUACCAGAUGAUCCAUGUGAGAUAUGCUAGACAAUAUAUAGACAAUAUGUAG